AGCUGUCUAGACAAAAACCACAGACGUGUGAUCCACACAGAGCGAAUACAUCCAGGCCACAAGGUAAAAGACACUCAGUCCAAGAUGGAGAAACUUUUGCUUCUAUUUGCCCUGAUUUCAACAUGUUUCGCAGCACCUCAAGAUCUGUCAAACAAAGUGUUCGUCUUCCCCAAGGAGACCAACACGGAUCACAUAAAGCUCCUAACAACUAAAACCCAAUUCAACGCCUUCACCGUCUGUCUCAGAUUCUUCACAGAUCUCAAAAGGCCCUAUGGGCUCUUCUCAUUGGCUACUCCAACAAAAUCCAAUUCCUUGGUGAUCUAUAAGCCUGAUGUACAGAAUGUCCUCAGGAUCCAUGCCGUGGACCCACACACAGACUUCCAGUCAGUGUCAUUUGCAGCAAACGCAUGGCACUCCCUUUGUACCACCUGGAGCUCAGACAAUGGUUUGGCUCAGGUAUGGUUGAAUGGAAAGCCAACCAUCAAGAGAUUUAUCACAUCUGGGCUGCCUAUCACUGGAGCGCCAAAAACCAUCCUGGGCCAAGAACAGGACAAAUAUGAUGGAGGGUUUGAUCUUAGUCAGUCUUUUGUUGGUAUGAUUUCUAAAGUCCACAUGUGGGACCAUGUUGUCGCUCCUGCUGAGAUCAGACGCUACAUGAAUGGCAAAUACUUCACCCCGGGAAACGUGUUCAACUGGCAAGCCCUCGAGUAUGAAAUCAUUGGGAAAAUCUAUGUGGAAGAAGAUCAAGAAAAUAUGUAACAUAGUGCUCACUGGGCACCACAUGAAUGUUCAGUGGAAAUCAUUAAAAUCUUUUCAGACACUUAAA